UCUGUCUGACUGGAUCCAGUUACUAUUCACUCUCACGCCUCACACACGAAUAAGCUUCGUCCCAGUCUCUCAGCCCUCCCCUUCCCACUGCACUCUGACUCCCUCGCUUUGCUUCUUCAGGGCAGGUGGUUAGAUUGAUAUCUUCUUAGAGAGAAGAUAAGGGCAGGGGUUUUAGGGAAGUCCAUCAUGUUCCGAUCCCCAAGCAGAAACAACAGAUCCAAACGCAUCAAGCUAAAGCAUGUUCUACAAAUUUGUCUCUUGCUUGGUGUGUGCUUCUGGUUAAUCUACCAAGUCAAGCACUCACAUGAUAAAAAGAAGGAAUUUGACGAGAAAGAUGCAAAAAUCUCAGUGAAGACAGAGAGUGGUGGUGUGCCUAAAUUUGGGAGGAAAGAUCUCUAUCCUCGUCCGGAAGGUGUAAAUAAGAAUGAAAAGCAUGAGGAAGAAGAGGGAGGAGAGGAAGAAGAAAAUAAGCUUGAUGAAGAAGAGCGAGAAGAAGAAAACAAUCAUGAAGUAAAAGAGCAAGAGGAAGAAGAAAAUAAGGGUGAAGAGGCAGACGAUGAGGAAAGAGGAGGUGGAGACGAUGAGAUAGAUGAAAAUGAUCAAGAGAAAUCAGAUGGGGAAGCUGAUCAUGAGGAGGAAUUUAUAGAUGAAGAGAAAGAGAGAGAGGAAGAUGAUGAGACGGAGAGUGAGGAAAAACAAAGUCAAGUAGAAAAUGAGAAUUCUUCAGAGGAUCAGGAUCAUGAUGGAGAUGAUCAGAACACUCAUGAGGCACGAGAGGAACAUUACAAGGGAGAUGAUGCUUCCAGUGCAGUGACCCAUGAUACCCAGACUAUCAUCUCUGGCAGUGAGAAAUUAAGUUCAGAAAACACUAUUGAGCAACCAGAAAUGAAUAUCUUGAAACAAGAGAACAAAUCCAAUACCACUCAGGAAAUUGAUAGUUAUGAAAGAACUUCAGAGAUAAAGGUGGGAGAAGGUGAAAUGGCUAAGAACGACACUUCUUUAAUUGAAAUUUCUGUUGAACACAAGGAUAAUGAUAGUUCUACCAACACCAUGGCCAUGGGUAGCUCAGUUACAAAUUCAACAAUGACAAACCAAUCCAAUGUUCACCCUGAAGGAAGCAAUAACACAACACUGGUGAGUAUGGAAGCAACCAAUACCUCAGCAGAAGUAAGUACCGAAGGCCACGACAUAAAAGAGGGCACUUCUGGUUCUUCCCAGCCGAAUGGAACAGUGAGUCUAUCUGAUUCAGCUCAUGCUCAAAAUACGAUGGUGAACGAGUCAGAUGCUGGAAGCGGCAUGGGCGUGCAAACCUUGGAAACAGAACAGACCAGUAACACUAGCACAGUUUCUGAGAGCAAUCAAUCUGAUGUUAAUUCAAAAUUUUCAAUUAAACUUGAAAAUGAAGACUCAGCUGCUAGAGAUUCAUCCACUUCACAAUAUAAUUCUGAGCGUGCUGCGUCGGAAAAGAUCACAACUGAAGCAGAGGAUGGCUCUGUCUCUUCAGAAUCAAAGGAGAAUAUUGAUGCUACUAACGAUAAGAAGUCGGAUAGUAACAGUGAAUCAGAUGGAAACGAUGAAAGCUCAGAGAAUUCCUAUAGAGAUGAGACUUUGGAUGCGGUUCAACAUGACCCUAUUGAUAUUUCCGAUUCCCACAUUGGCCUAGAUGAGAAAGAAGUUCGCACAGAUUUGGAUACAUUGCCAGAGAUAAGAACAGAAGGGGAUAACAGCGACGACACUGCAGCAGAGUGAGCUCUGAUAAAUGGUUGUGUUCUUGUAAGUUCUUUAAACUUUCUUAUAUGUACUCUGUCUUCGUACAACUGUUACGGUUAUUAGAGUGGUUUUCUUCACUGUUAAAAAUUGGUGUGUAGAGGAUCAACUCGGCGGGGAGCAUGUAGGCUAGUAAAUGUAAUCAACAGAUCUUAACCUGUAUAAUUUAUUUCAACCUCCCACUUUAUACCGGUGUUAUUUUUUCCUC